AUGGUUAUGGAAUACCAGCAAAACGGCAGCUUACUGGAUUACAUGAACAGUCGACCAGACAAUAUUCCGGUGGAGCAAGCGCAACAGAUUAUUGUGGAUAUGUGCAUUGGGCUUCAUCAUUUGCAUUCGAUGUCAAUAAUACAUGGCGACAUGAAACCCGAAAAUGUUUUACUGAAUGGUCGAAUGCGUGCUCAGUUAGCAGAUUUUGGCAUGAGUCUGCCCAUCGAACCUGGUCGGUUUUACAACAACGUUUGGGGCACAGUGGACUACCAGGCCCCCGAACAACUUAUCCAGAAUGGCCUGUGGGACGAGCGCGUCGACUAUUUUGUGGUUGGUAUCAUUUACGUUAUGAUGACCGCAGGAAUUCAUCCAUUCGGUGUCAUCGAAAACGAAAUCAAAACAAACACAAUGGCAUUGCAGUAUCGAAUGCCGGAAGUCCCGGCUAACGGAUGCUUGUUUAUACAUUCGACAUUAUGCAUCAUGGAACACCGGUUGGAUCAUUCCACAGUGCUCAAUCAUCAGUUCAUCCGUCCAUUCGUGAACGUGGCGAGAGGAACAUAUUCGAAGGACACUGUCAUAAUUCCGAACGUCGGCGACAUAGAGUUCAUCGACAAUCAAUAUUUUUUCGGGAAAGUCACAGGUUUGGAGGAGCCCACACUGUGCACUACUAUAAAUGCCGGCACGCAGACGUCCUGGAUCGAUAGUAACAUCGACUGGCAGGCAAUUGAGGCAGAACUUUCGAUUAUGAUGCCGCCGCCAGAGACCACUGCACAAGUGACUUCAACGUCCAUGCAAAGUAUCGGUUCACAGAAAAACGAGCUGUAUGGGAGUGGAUCCAAUGUAAUUGUCAUUGAUGUUCCUGUUAUCCAGUCAUUUGACAUUGCAACACAAAAAACUGCAACUUUCGAAAAGAUGGAGAUUUCCUGUUACGAGCAGACCGUGUCCGAUGAUGAACCGGUUGUUUCCGCUGACGAAUUUUUAGUGGACCGCACUGGAAUGGAUUUCAAUGAAAACAAGAAGAUCAGCAACAAGAAAUUACGGGCUGGACUGUGUCUGCUGAAAGACGAAAUGAAGAAAUACAUUCAAAAAACAACAUUGGCGAGAAGCUCACAAAUAGUUUGGUUUCAGUCGUUCUUCCACAUUCGAUGCUGUGCGUGCCGUAAACUGAUCAAGACGAGAGAAAAGUACAGAGGUGUGAAGGACGUCAAUGUUAAUUGGUCGGCGCAGCCGUUCCGCUAUCAUUUUGCGAAACACCUACCGAAAAAAAAUCGUUAA